AUGGAGGGUAAUGAGGAUGAUCCCUUCAACUGGGACGUCGAACAGCUGGUGCAUGAGCUAUGCAUUGCUGAAAGUCGGCCAUGGCAUCCGAGACUUGCGAACAAGAGACCAAACUCGGCGGUCCUCGCAAAAGCACUACGUGAGCAUGACAUUGACGGCGAGACGCUUCUCACCUACGAAGAUGUCAUGCCGCUUCUUGACGGUCUGCUCAGGGAUUUAGGAAUCGUCAAGAUCGUUCACAAAAUGACGAUUGUCAAAGCCAUCAACUAUCUCAAGUCUAAAAGCCGCGGGUAUCGCCAUCAGAAGGUCGAAAUGGUCAAAGAGGAGGCAGACACCCAAGAAAGCUCGCUGGAGCUGCAUGUCAACGGCGAACCGGAACGCGCAGCCCUGGAUUCUAGUACUGCGGAGGACCCCGCGACGAUUACCAAAACGGAAGACGUCACGAUGCGUGGCACCGCGGAUCAAGAUACAUUGGCAUCCGUCGUUGAAGAUAAAGAGCAGCAGACGAGCGAACCACCUCAGAAGAAGAGGAAGAUGGCGCCAACUUUGAUCACCGCGACUGUGACCGGAAUUGGCAACAUACCUGCCAGUACAGCAGCUGACGACGUCGUCACUCGGGUAGCUGCGACAGCGAGUACUCAGCCACCUUUAUCGAAUGCGACCCCUAGCAGAAGCCGCGAGAAGAUACCACCGGCGCUUGUCUCAAGAUACGAUCCUCUGGGGGCGUACUUUGGACCUGAUGCGCUCAUUAUCGGCCGUCAAGUCCCUCAAUCAAGUCUUGUACCUGGUGGAAGCUCCGCAGAUGAGGGUAGCAAUACAUUUUACUUCGUUGCUCAGGGUUUGGUAGCCGCUGGACACAGUCGCCAAGUCCACCGAGCAUUGCGACGACUCCUGCGCACGAAUGAUAAGUCUCUGACGUUAUUGCGCAAUGGAGUAUCUCCUUUUGUGGAGCCUGAAGAGGAAGAUGAGCUCCUUCCGGUAUUCGGAGACUCCGAUGACGGCGAAGGUUACGACACAGAGACAAGAGACGCGAUUGAGGAAGAGGAAGAGGAGAAAAGGCAAGAGAUGAAACUUAAGUCUCAUCACCUGACUUCGCAUGAUGUCCAACGUGUGCUAGAGGAGGAAAUACAGCGGAUUGAGGCCUCUUGGGACGAGAGAAAGCUGCUCAAAAAAGAGUGGAAGGCCAACACCAUCUGGAACAAGGCCCGGCGUACUGGUCUCGUCCGACAAAUAGCGAACGCUACAUCUCGACUUGAGGCUCUCAAUAACCGCAUAGAGAAGCUCUGUCGAGAGAUCAAACUGAAUGAAUGGCCGGCUGAAGACCAGCUGCGCAGACAAGCACGAUGCCUCGAGUCCAGUAUCGAGGAUCGGCGAGCUGAAAAGUGGCUUCUCGAUACCUUGCGAGGACCCGAACCUAUCCAACCACUGACGAUGCCCAAGCAACGGCCAAUUGCAGCCCCGCGGCCCGAUCUCUCUGACGAAGAUGGCGAUCUUAUCACCAGCGGCGACGAUGACGACAAUGACUUCGUGGUAGACGAUGACGACAACUUUGUGGUUGACGACGACGGUUUGGUGGUUGACGAUAUGAGUAACGCCAUCUCGCCUGUGGCGAGCGCCUCUCAUCCAGGAAGUCCAAUGAAUCUGGAUGACCCUGAAGAGGUCUCAAUCAAGGAACCCCAAUCUCCGCGAUUGCUUAAGGGCGAGUCGCCAGCCGACGCUCUCGUCAACAUGAAAUCCGACGAUGGCAUCAUCGACUUAACAAUGUUUGACUCCGAGCCUGAGAAUGAGCUUGCGCCUCCUAAGAGGAAUUUCAUCUCUCUAGUCACACCUGAGAAUCCAAGGACUACGGCAGCCACAACGCCAGCUCCCGAAAGCGAAAUUGACGAGCAGCCACCGCCUACUCAGGAACAGUUAGACACUCCAUAUGACCAAUGUGGAAAGAUUGGGGACAUGGCACCGACUAUAUGGAGAAAGCAAGGAGACAGCAGGCGACUUUUGAUUUGUGUCAUCUCGCGGCUAACCUCGCGAUGGAGAGUGGCCUUCUUUCGCAUUAUCCAAAGCAUGGCUCCCGCUGAUAUCUGGACGGAUCUUGUGAUCACAGCACUAGAAGAGUUGCCGGAGAGUCACAGCCAAGAGAGCGCAGUCGAGCUUGGCACCGUCAUUGCCCGCUUGUUCAGAGUCUUUGCACUCUGUAAGCCGGCAGCAGCGAAUACCAUCACCAGAAGGCUCAGCAACAAAGUCAAGGCCAGGAAGAUAAAGGGGAAGGUAGAUCAGUUUGAAGAUUUCUGUGAUUUCGUCAAAACUGCUAUAAUGCCCAACUUCCCUGAGGGUACCCAAAUAAGCAGCUCCGGCCGCCGUGGAAGCCUUGAUAGUGAAGAGUCUUUGGGAAAUUUCACCGACGACGAUAUUGAAGACUCUCCGUCUAAGAAACGGAAGACUUUGGUAGCCAUGGAUCAGACCGCCAUAGAUCUCCGCGAAAGCGACCGACGCCGAAAAGAAGAGCAGGAGCAGCGGCGGAAGGAAUUGCGCAAGAAGUUAGCAGCAUCUGACACCAUCUCGAGCGACAAGUCACGUCUUAUUAUCAACGAAACCAAGGGAGAUGACGAAGGCCUGAUCUACAUUAAUAGCGACAUUGGUCAACGUAUCAAGGACCACCAGAUUGAAGGGGUCCGUUUCCUGUGGAACCAGAUUGUCUACGACGCCAAGGUGCGGCAGGGAUGUCUCCUCGCUCACACAAUGGGACUCGGCAAGACUAUGCAGGUCAUCACGUUACUUGUUGCUGUCGCCGAGGCUGCGCAAUCGAGAGACGAGUCUAUUCUGUCACAGAUUCCAGAGGACCUGAGGCAGUCCAAGACUCUGGUACUUUGUCCGGCCUUACUUGUCGACAACUGGAUGGAUGAGCUGUUGAUGUGGGCUCCCGAUGGGGUUCUUGGUCACUUCUACAAAAUGGAAUCCGUCGUCAAUGCACUGGAGAGAGCCCCAAUGAUCCGUGACUGGGACAGGACCGGCGGCGUGAUGAUUAUUGGCUACGACAUGUUCAAGAAAUUGGCCGUUCCCCCAGAGGACGAGACGUUCAAGCCCCUGGAGGCCAAGUCGAUUGCACAAAUCCUCACAGAAAGCCCUAACCUCGUUGUUGCGGAUGAGGCUCACAAAAUGAAGAACCCCGAGUCGAUGAUAGCUAUCGCAGCCGCCAAGUUCAAGACUCAACGACGAAUCGCACUGACCGGUUCUCCUUUGGCAAACAAUGUGAUAGAAUUCUAUUGCAUGAUCAACUGGGUCGCUCCCAAUUAUCUGGGUCCACUGACAGAGUUCAAGGACUAUUAUGCCGAACCGAUACAGUCUGGUCUUUACGAGGACAGCACUGGAAGUCAAUACCGAAAGGCAAAGAAACAGCUUGCUGUUUUGGAGGCUACUGUAGCGCCCAAGACAAACAGAGCAACAAUCAAGUCCUGCCUCAAGAACGACCUUCCGCCAAAGAUGGAAUUCAUACUCACUGUUCCCGUGACACCCCUCCAGGCCAAGCUCUACGACGCUUUCUCCGCAGCUCUCAACAAUGACGCGAAUGUUGCAAGCGCCAAGACUCUGGGUGCCAACAUCAACUUUGGCCUCAUCGUCAAUCACCCUCGUUGCUGGCAGAAGAGACUCACGCAGGAGCGUGCGGCAUUGCUAAGUAAGGAACCGGCUACCCUGACUCUGUCAAGCACAAUCAUUAGCGAGGGCCUGAAAAUCUUGCAGCGAGAGAAGGAUGUACCUUCGCCUGCCUUGUCUUGGAAAGUGCAGCUUCUCGUCGCCAUUCUGGACAAGUGCAAGGAAAUGAGGGAGAAAGUACUUGUCUUUUCACAAUCAAUCCCGACCCUGGAUUAUCUGGAUAAUCUGUUCAGACAACAGCGGAGAAGAUACUCUCGGCUGGAUGGCAGUACCCCAAUCCAUAAGAGGCAGCAACAAGUCAAAAACUUCAACAGUGGCGAAAACCAAGUCUACUUGAUUUCAACGACAGCUGGUGGGGUUGGCCUGAACAUUCACGGCGCCAGCCGCGUGGUCAUCUUCGACUUCAAGUACAAUCCCAUUCACGAGCAGCAAGCGGUCGGUCGAGCAUACCGUAUUGGCCAACGAAAGCCGGUAUAUGUCUACAAAUUCAUCUCUGGCGGGACAUACGAACAAGCGCUCCACAACAGAUCUGUAUUCAAGACCCAACUGGCAUCACGGGUUGUGGACAGCGAAAACCCGAAAAGAUGGUCCAAGAAAGACAACGAGUACGCCAAAGCUCGCUGGGAGCCCGAUCAGGAUGACCUCAGUCCAUUCGCCGGCAAGGAUACUGUUCUCGACCGCCUUUUGACCCACCCAGUCAUGUCCCAGGGCAUACGCUCGAUUGUCAUGACGGACACCUUUGAAGAGGAAGAUACGUCUGAAAUUCUAACGCCUGAGGACUUGAAGGAUGUGAAGAACCAGGUAUACAUGAAUUCUAUCCGCAACACCGACCCAGAGAAGUAUCGUGAAAUGGAGCUGGCACGAAUCGCUACACUUGGCGCUCCAGCCUUGGUGGGUGCAACAACAUUCAUGCCACAAACAGGAACCUUUGGUGUGGUUAGGAGCAGCGGUCAAACACCAAUUCCUGUUCCAAACUUCUCUCAGAUGCAUAAUUUCCACACAUCCCAGGCAUUUACUCCACCUGGAGGCAUCCCGAAGACCUUGACAGAUCCAAUGAAGCCGCCACAGAUUACGCCUGUGCCUGUGCCAGUGCCUGGUGCUCCGAGAAGUCAGAUGGACGCUGCAGCACCACAACAAUCCACCGCUCCCUCGCAGUCAACACAGCCUGCGAUUAUCGGCCCUGAUGCCCAGAUUAGGGAGCAACCUGCUGAGCAGAUAUCGCCUCAAGUAGCUGGCCCAAUGCCUAUGCCCAUGGCUGGUGCAAAUACCUUCUUCAGGGCUCAGCAGACACCAGGCUCUCCCCAGCCUGCGGAAAAAACUCUCUCAUCCCCUGCGGUAAAGAAAUCUAAGAGGUCCGGAUACAAUUGGGAGCAGCAGUUCAGGGACAAGAUCCUCGAGUCACUCGAUACGAUAACGGACUCGGCGGUUGCUGAUGCGAUCAAGGAGGACAAAGUCGUCCUGACUGACCGGAUCGCAAGGUCUACAUUGCUCGUGAGAUCAGAGAUGAAGGAAGGAGAAUUGCCUGAUAACUCGCAUUUGAAGGAGCUGUGCGGCUUGAUGGGUAAUCCGAGAUUCGCUGCUGCAGUUCUUACGGGGCAUAUUCCUCCCUCCGAGCUUGCGCACGCAUCGACUGAAGGACUCAAGAACCUCUCGAACGAGUGGGAGGCGCUCCAGGAACAUCAGUUCCGCGAAAGACUCAAGCUGGGUCAAGACACGGCUGAGGAGGCUAAAGUAUGA